UUAAGAGCGGCAUAUAUUGAUAAACUAUCAAACACAUGAUAUACCGGAUACUGACUUUAUUAUAUUUAAUACAAAAAUCAAAAUAUAUGAAACAUUUUAGUUUAUUAUUAUAUAUUGAGUAUCACUACACUUUUAAUUUGCUAAUUAAGUGAUAUUCUGUUAGACAAUGGCGUCCCCUGAUUCUAUACAUUUUGAUGAAACACCAGUAAACACCCAACUAGCUGAGGAGUACUUGAAAACUAAAUUAGAAAUACAUUCAAGAGGAUAUGGAGAAAACGGUUCUUAUGAGAUGAAUGCAUUCAAUAAUAAAAUAUUCUUUUCUGACAUUGAUACAGAACCAGAUAAGCUUGAAAAUAAAGGAGAAACACCGAGUAACUUAUCAGCCUUGUACAAGUUAAUUAAAACAAAUGCAAAUUUAUUUUGUCAAUUGGAAUACCUGAUCCGUGGGGUUCCUGUGAAGGAUGUGGAGAGAUAUGAUCUGAAAUUGAUUUUUAACAACCUCUUAUAUUGUAAUCAGGAAAAAAAGAAUUUUGUAAUUUAUAACAAUGUUUAUUGUGAUAAAUUAGCAUUUCUGUCGGAUACACCAUUAGCUGUACUUGGUUUUGUCGGCCAGUCACUUCUGUGUCAUAUUUUAAAUAAGACUAAGAUAAUUACAAUAAUAUGCGACAAACACACUGCAGUCAUUGGCUCGCUGUUUGUAGACCUGUGCCACGAAGUUGGUAUUUUGCAAGUGAAGCUGCUUAUAGUACCAGACGACACCGACUGCUCUAAGUAUGAUUUGUUGAAAGUGUCAGAACUUAGUAGCGGCUGUGUUGGAGUUGUCAGCAACAGAAGCGAUGUUGAUUCAGCUGUUGAUACAUUCUUGUCCUCUUCGACCUGGUAUCCCUGGAGAAUAAAGAAGGUUUUCAUUCAAGAAUCUGCAUUGAAGAGAUUUACGUCAGCAAUGAAAUGGAAAACGAGAGGUAGGGCGAGUGACGUCACGUCCUGUGAAAUCUCCUUCAGUCGGGAGGAAAAGCUGUUCGUGCUGGAACCGGGCAGCGUGCGUGACGACUCUCAUCAGCUUAUCGUACUAGAAGCCUAUAGAACAGUGAAGGAACUGCUGAAUCUACUUCAAAACGAAAAGCCAUUCGCUAUCUCGCUCUGGUGCAGUGAUUUAGCUGAGACAAACGAGAUUUCACACCACGUGGAUUCCAACAUAGUAUGGGUCAACGAUCACGCCAACUUCCAAGGACCGCCGCAAUCCUCGCAGGCCUUCUAUUCGGUCAUAGAUUUGUUCUACAGCUCUCUGACAAUACCACAUGUACCGGAGCUGGAUCAAAUCAAAAAGCUCAGAGAAUCCUGGCUGAGACGCAGCCCAGAACAGAGGGAAGCUGUGUUGAUGGAAGAGUCACGCAAACAUACGUUUUUCACGACCAUAAUACUCGAGAAACAUUUCCAGGACAACUAUGUACGCGUCACAAAAAGCAAUGUCAUAAUGGGGACCAUUGUUCCCGGGGGAGUCUGGCUGGUGGACUUUUGUAAUAAACUCGUCGACAUGUCCGUGAUCAACUUCGUGAUGAAGGGCGGCGGCCUGCUGGUCAACUACAUGAGUGAUGAGAUCGAUACAUUCUUUAAGAACUUAAAUGAAACGUUUGAAGUGCCCGUGGUUUAUAAGGAAGAGGAGGCGCAAAGUGAUGGACGGAAAGCGAAUGUACUAUGGAAGCCGUGCUACAAACAUAAAGUUAUUUGGACCAACUAUGGAACUAUAUUUGCCAACUGACUGUACAACUGGUCGCUCAACUUAUCGUCCGACUGGUCGCCCAACCGAUCGUCCAACUGAUCAUCACAGCCUCAUGUAAUGCCCAGUCCAAGUCAUAAGUAUAGCCGGAGUAUAUUGAAUACUUAAUGAUUAUUAAAAACACGUUUUGCGUAUAAAUUUAACAUAACUUGCGGUUUCUUACACAGCUAUGUUUUUGUAUUCACUUUGCUGAGUAAAGAUCAUUUUGUUUGAACUUCUAGCGUAAUCACAGUAUAUAUUAUAGUUUUUAAUUUCUACCAUAACACUUUAUGACAUUAAUCCUUGUUAAUUAUUGAAAAUUUUAUAUACUGUUUAUCGAUUUUUAUAUGUGAUAUUAUGUAUUAUAACAUUUUAUAUUAAA